AUGAGAGUCUAUUUUUACGUUUCUAAGUGUCAAGAUAUUCCACCACCCGGUUGGAGGACGCAACUCCAUUCAAAAUUCCUAGAAUUACAUCCGGAACUCCUGAUGACAGAACAGAAUGUGGUAGACAGAAAGAAUGUGAUUGUAAAGAAAGGCUAUGUAACACCAACUGAAAUAGAAACAAUAAGAAGAGAAGUCGGACAAAAACUCACGGUGGAGCAGGAACAACAUGAAAUACAGGAAAACACUGAGGGACUAGCAGAUAUAAGAGAAGAACUUCAAGUAGUACAGGAAAAUGCGAGAGAGCAGACAGAAGAAAGAGAGGCAAUAAUUACAGAUCAGGACAGACCAAACAUAAACGAGGUUGAGGAAAGAUAUUUAAGCAAUUUAAGUUUUCUUCAAAACAUAGAUCCCUUAAAAAGGCCAAGACUUCCACAGCUAAUUAUGAAACCAACCACAAAAGUCACAAUUACACAUGUUGACGCUGUGCUGCGGAAAUACCUUACAAAUGUAAACAGUUUGGAAGUGGUGCACAAUACCAUCUAUACUGCAGCUACUACAGUGCUAGAAAUCAACGGUCGGGCAAUACAUUUUGAACAGGAUACCGCACAUAGACAUAACAAAAGCAAAGAGCCUCAAUGGAAAACCAGAAUUACAAGAGAAAUAGAUGAAUUCAGAGCUAAAGCCGACCUCAUAAAAACCUACCUGGAAGGAAUAAGAACAGCAAAAAUUAAAAAGAAAAUUAAAGAUGUCCUAAAAAUUCUAAAGAUUAAUGAAGGUUGCACAGACUUAAAUCAGAAACUAACAGAACACUACGACCUUAUGAGACAGAAAGCAAAAGCUAAAGGGGCAAUACUAAAGCGUUACAAUGAGGCAAACAAGCGUAAGUCACAGAACAGAUUAUUUGCUGAGAACCAAAAAAAGUUUUAUAAGAACAUUAAUAAUGACAUCGAAGACGUCCCUGAGACAGCAGAAAAAUUAGACAAACAGGCAUUUGUAGACUACUGGAAAUCGAUAUGGGACACACCAAAAACCGCGGAUUUAAAUGCACCUUGGUUGAAUAAAAUUGUACAACACUCCUCAGAAAUUCAAGAAAGGGAAAACCCAGAAAUAAACCUAGAGGAUAUAAAACUAGCGUUAAAGAAAGUCCAUAAUUGGAAAGCUCCAGGACCGGACAAUAUCCAAAAUUUUUGGCUCAAGUCCUUUGAAUCAAUACACCAGCCAUUAACUAAAUGCUUUCAACAAGUGCUUCAAAACCCAGAACAAAUACCUAAAUUUCUUACCAUCGCGAACACAUACUUGCUUUUCAAAAAAGGAGAUCCUGCUGAUCCGCGUAAUUACAGACCCAUUACUUGCCUGUCAGUACUGUACAAAUUACUAUCGGCUGUUAUAAACAACCACAUUUAUAAGCACUGCCAAUUGAAUAACAUAAUAGCUCCGCUACAGAAAGGAUGCGCUAGAGGCUCCAGAGGUUGUAAGGAUCUACUUAUCUGCGACUCUGUAAUAUCUGAGCAAGCUCGAGCCAAGCAAAGAAAUCUGCAUGUGGGAUAUAUCGAUUACUCCAAGGCAUAUGAUUCGGUACCACAUAAUUGGUUGAUGAAAGUACUGGAGAUAUACAGAAUCCAUCCAAUUAUACAAAACAUCCUAAAACACUCAUGUCUAAUUGGAAUGUAA